AACAAUUUAUUACUUUAUACUUUUUGCAAUAAAUCAAAAAACUACAAGUUUCUGCUCUUGGAAUUCCAUCAUCGCUGUUUAACGACAAAAUGAGCGUUGAUACAAAAAUUAUUGGUUCCUUCCUUCAACUAACAAACUACUUUGCUGAAAACUACCCAGCUCCAUGUGAUUUAAUCAGUUCUCUGACAGAUUUAUGGUUUAAACAAGGUGGAAUGAUUGCACGAAUGAUGUCAUGUGAUAUACAAGAGUUUAAAUCGUCUGAUGUCUUUUACGAAGUUCUGUACAGAAAGAUAAGAGUUGGGAAUAGUUUACUGGCUGAUACACUCGAUCCAAAGAUGGCGGCAGAAGGAAACUUAUUCGAGAUCUGCAAGUUCUACUCUUUGUACCUUGAGCAUUUACGAAAGGAUCAAUCUGAGCUUUUGACUAUCGUUCUGGAAAGACUUGCCUCUCAAAGUGAUUUUAACAGCACUGUUAUCCUCGACAUGUUCACAUUUUUCGAUAAGCUGUACUCCGAAGGCAAUGUAGGAGAUUGGUGGGACUUUCUUCUUGGAAGUGAAGAUGCAUCAAUGGUAUUCAAAACUCCUAAGAAAACUAAUCGUCCUUCAAAUGCAUUUUCAACUCCAACUGCAACAGCCAAGCGUCUACCAAUGUAUGGCUCAUCGACCUGUAGAAGCCCAAUCGCUGAAGUUGUGGAUUCUCCCACUAUGAAGUAUAUGAGAAGCGACAGAGAGCUGAAAACGGCGAAAAAGAAACUUGUGGACAUGGAACACAUGGUUGAUGAACUUGAAAGCGAAAAUCGAAAUUUGACGGAAAAGGGCAGAGAGUUGAAGUUGAUAAUCGACAGCCUAAAAAGUGAUGUGACUAACAAAAGAGACACAGCAAAAAGCUCUCAGCAACGCGAACAGGAGCUGAGUAAUAUCUUGGAAGAGAAAGAAAAGGAAUCCGCACAGCUCCUACAACAACUUGAAGAAUCUCGAGCAGCUUUAAGAGACGAACAACGUCAUUUGGAACAUCAGGAAGCAGAAAACGGGAAAAUUGUGGAACAAUUGAAGACGGUUUCGGAGCUCAAUGAGAAGCUCACAAUGCAAGUGAAGGAUCUCCAAGAUGCGAGUGAGAAUGAAUUGGCGAGCUUCCGCCAGAAGGAGAAAGAACUUAUUGACGAGCUUCGUAUGGCAACGAACGAGAAUGUAGAUUUGGAGGAGCUUCUGAAAGGAGUGACAAAUGGGAAAGCAGGUCUUCAAUUCGAAAACAAUUGUCUUGUUGGGAAAUUGGAAGAACUCAGUUUUGUUUCUGAUAGAAACAAACAGGAUGCAGACAAUGCAAGAGCACAACUGGAAGAAGAAAGAGAGAAGCAUCGGUUGGCAACGGAAAAGCUUCACCAGGAGAAUAUUGAUUAUAUGAAGACUUCAGAUUCAAGAAUCGAGAUGAUCCUGGAAGAGAGUAAAACCAGAAAAAUGAUGGAUGAAUCGACAAUCGAGAGACUUCGUCUGGAUUUAGACAAUGAAAAAAGUUAUAAGAAGAAUCUCGAAGAUCUUCUCAACGAUUUGAAUCAGAGAGCAUUGAAUUCCGAAAUGGCGAACCAUCUUCAGAAGGAAGGCAUUCAGUCAGUUGAAACCUACCUUCAAAUGGCAAAAAAACGAAUUGAACAUCUCGAAUUGGAGCUGAGUGCAACAAAUGCAACGAUCGAAUUCCAAAGUCAACAACUGGAUAGAGCUGGAAAUAUGCUGAUAACAGAACAAGAAAUUCGAAAUCAGACAUCUGUGCAAUACAAAGAAAGGACAUCGGCUCUUGAGAAUCAGCUUUCACAGAAAGAUGCAGAGAUCGAGAAUCUCAAACGUGAUCUUCAACAAUUAGUGACCAAACAUGAAAGUGAACUCAAAGAGCAACAUGAGCAGCUGAAUGUUCAUCAUCAAUCCCAACAAAAGUUGCAUUCGGAGGCUGAGAAGCUGCGUAGAGAACACGAGGCAUUAGGAAAGAAAAAUUGUUUUUUGGGAGAGAGAUGCAAGAUCUUCGUCAAAGAUUCCCGUAGUGGGGUUAUGAAAAGAAGCACGUCGUCCGACAGCCUCGCUGAAUUUCUUUCAAAAGGCAAUGAUAAUGAGACAUUAGAGGAAAUGAUGAGACUGAUAGCACAAACACCUCGUAAAUCAGUUGCAUUCAGUUUCGACCUCGACGAAGACGAAACUUUGAAAGGAACUCCAAUUGGAUUCAGAACUAACUUGAACGAGACACGAGAAUCGAUUGCUUCGGACGAAUUUUUUGAUCGUUUUCCAUCAACUUUUCCAACAAGAGCUGCACCACGUGAAUCGGUCGUUUCAAUUGGAGAACCCAAAAACCAAUUUUCUCCGCUAGGAACAUCCAAGGAUAGAGUCAAGACUCUUACUUCUCGAAAUGAAAAAGUGAAGCCUCAUUUGAAAAGUUCAUAUGCUACAGAGAUGGGUAAUGUAACAUCGCCUUCGGCUGACGAGGAGAACGUUCGUAAAGGAAAAUCGAAGUCGAUUUUCGCAAAACUCAAAGGGCCCAGACGUGAUUCGUUCUUUUUUGGAAAGAAGAAGCAAGCUGAAUAAUUCUUGAAUUUUUUUCUUUUUUGUACACUUCUCUUAACUUAAAAGAGAUAUUGUAAUUGUCGUGUUUCAUUUCCUGAAGAUUCCAUUUGUGCUGAAUAAAAGUAGUUUUAUAAUGUAGAAGCUAAAAUUGUUA